AUGGCUGUCCUUGUCAUGCUCUCUGCUGCUCUCCUCCUUGGCCUCUUCCUGCCUUCCUCCAUGGCCAACAACGUUCUCCUUGGUAACGAGAAACUGUUUGCCGACGAAUUCCUCACCGAAGAGGGGUAUAAAUUCAUCAUGCGGAAGUCCGACUGCAACCUGGCGCUGAUCGAUCCCAACGACCAGCAACUGUGGGCCACCAACACCAACGACGAUGGCCAAAACUGCUUCGCCCGCAUGCAGACCGACGGAAACCUCGUCAUCUUCAACGAUGAAAGAAACGGUGUUUGGGAGAGCCGCACCCACGGCCCGGAGGGCAAGUACAUCCUCGUCCUGCAGCGCGACGGCCACGUCGUCAUCUACAGCAGCCCUGUAUGGACCAUCCCCAACGAUGAACCCACGAACAGGAAGAUCGCCAUGGCGACUAAGAAUUAG